AAAACACUGACUUAGAGAGAGGAGAUGGAACCUCCAGAUAUAGACAGAGAGAUAGAAUCCCCUGACACCAGGUAGAGGAGCGGCAGCAUUGGGACACUCAGGUGUGGCUUAGAAGAUCCCUUGCCCACAGAUAGGGGCCAUGAGGUUUCACAACCCUCAGGCAGGCCAGACAAGACCGCAAGAUGCUCAGGAAGAGGAGAUAAAAGCUCACAACCUGCAGGCAGAAAGGUGAGACUGCGCUCAGGGAGGAGAUGGGAGACCUUCUGUCAGCCAGGUGGGGAUGAGGAUCCUGCCACUGCAUGAGGCAGUUUAAACUUGAGAGUACUCAUCUCGGUGAGACGUCACCUCUGCCAUUCAGGUUGAGCAUGUGAGACUUGGUUCUCAGGGAGAGAUGUGCAAAGUGACACUUGGGUGGUGGAAGAAGGCCUUUGGCUCUGACAUGGAAGGAAAGAGACACUUAUAUUCAAGGAAGAGAGAGUAACUCACUGGUGUAACUCCCAGCUGGUAACUCUCACACUUUUUAACACUCAGGUGUGUGAGGUGAGCAUUGGUUAUCCCUGGUGGGUGAGAUGCCAUCUCCUGACAAUCAGAAGAAAGGAUACUUCCAGGACCAGCUUAGCUCCAUGGUUGAGUGUCGACCUAUGAACCAGGGGUUUCAUUCCAGGUCGCAAAUGAACAGGUUUGGCUUAAUUCCCUGUUGGAGUGUGCAGGAGGCAGCCAAUUGAUGAUUCUCUCUCAUUAUUGAUGUUUCUAUCUCUUUCUCCUCUCCCUUCCUCUAAAAUCAAUAAGACAUAUAUUUAAAAAAGAAAGAAUACUGCGUGAUAUUCAGGUAACCAUGAUGAGAAUUCCUGGCAAUUAUCGGGAACACCACCUUGCUGCAUAUAAGUCUCAGAAAGGAGACCAGAAUACACUCAGUUAGAGAAUAGAUGCCGCAGCGGGCUAAGGAAGGCAGGCUCUGUCAUCUCAGAUGAAGUGGGACCACAAAGAUCCCUGGCCAGAUUUGGGGUCAAGGGAGGGGCUGCAUGUGAGUCCCCCUCAUCCAGGGGAACCUGUGUGCGAGUGGAGAAGUCACUUCAGCGAGAACCCGUUAGGCUAAGGGGUUCCUACAGACCUACCUGCCUCUUGGGUGGGGGAGGUGGCCCUGCUGAUUGGUCAAGAUGCUCGGAGCUUUGUGAGGUCAGCAGGCCUCCCGGUGGCUGGGCAGGACAAUGGUGGAGAUGCUGCCAACUGCCGUUCUACUGGUCUUGGCAGUGUCUGUAGUUGCCAAAGUUAACAGCACGUGUGAUGGCUCCUGUGGACGACCGUUCAGGCAGACCCUACAAGCGACCACACGUGUGAUCGGAGGCCAGGCUGCUGCUCCCGGGGCGUGGCCCUGGAUGGUCAGCCUGCAGGUCUUCACUUACCACAACAGCCGGAGGUACCACGCCUGUGGAGGCACCUUGCUGAAUGCCCAGUGGGUACUCACUGCUGCUCACUGCUUCAGGCUCAAUAAAAAACCAUAUGACUGGAGACUGAUUUUCGGAGCAAGGGAACUAGAGUAUGGCAGCACCGGGCCCGUGAAAGCACCCCUCCAGGAGAGAUUUGUGGAGAAAAUCAUCCCUCAUGAGAGAUACUCCUCCAUCUCAGAGGCCAACGACAUUGCUCUCAUGAAGGUCACCCCUCCUGUGGUCUGUGGAAGCCUUGUCAGACCCAGCUGCCUGCCCCCAUUUAUGGCCGGCCCACCCAGAGUGUCCCAGUCCUGCUGGGUGACUGGUUGGGGGUUCUUAAGGGAGAAUGACCGCAAGAUGUCACCUGUGCUGCAGGAGGCGCGUGUGGACAUCAUCGACCUCAACCUGUGCAACUCGACCGGGUGGUACAGAGGGCGCAUUCACUCCACCAACUUGUGCGCAGGCUACCCUGAAGGCAAAGUCGACACCUGCCAGGGGGACAGUGGUGGGCCGCUCGUGUGCAGAGGCCCGGAGGACGCCUAUGUGGUCAUGGGAAUCACGAGCUGGGGGGUAGGCUGUGCCCGAGCCAAGCGCCCCGGAAUCUACACAUCCACCUGGCCCUAUCUGAGCUGGAUUGCUUCCAAGAUUGGUAUCCAGGCCUUGCAGAUGGCUCAGUCGGCUCAGCAGGGCACCCCUGCCCUGCCUAGUACUGCCACAAACCCCACUCAACUCCCCUCUACUCCCCCUCCUUGGUACUUCCAACCACUUCCCACCAAGCUACCUGCAUCCAGACCCCAACCCCGACCCCCAACCCCAGCCCCACCCCGACUCCCAGCCCCAGCCCCACCCCGACCCCCAGCCCCACCCCGACCCCCAGCCCCAUCCCGAUCCCCACCCCCAGCCCCACCCACACCACCACCACCCCAACCACCUCCACCUUUCACUAAACCUACCGAAGCUCCUUCUUUUGCCAAACGACUCCAGCAACUCAUAGAGACCCUGAAGGGGAACACGAGGAAUUUUAGGACAAGAGGCGAGGAGGAAAUGGAGGCCACAGGCCUCCAAGAGCUGACCCCACUGUCAAAAGGCUGGUGAAACCUUCGUGGGCAGAAAAGAAAGAUGAAUAAGUAAAUAAAUAUUUCUCUAAGAA